UACAGUCCAUAUUAUGUUACUCCAAGUUCGAGCUUUCAAACUACUCAUGCUCCUCCAAAAUUCAAAGAAAACGGUAUAUUUCAUGAGACACUUUCUCUUUAAAAGCUAUCUAGAUGCACUCUGCUAGUCAAGGAAGACUGCUCAUUUGAAGCCUUUCCGUUAUCUAGAUUCUAGAAUCUUAAAAAUAAACUAUUUUAUGCCUUUCCAUUAUCUAGAAUCUUAAAAAUAAAAUAUAUUAUCGAUGAGCUGUUAAUUUAAGGAUAUUGGAACUGAUUUCAUGAUCAAAGGUCUCAAGUUCGAACUCAAGUUGUGACCCAAAAGACAGAAAAAAAAAAAUCUGUCUCUCACUUUUGUUCGGAAACGAGCUUGGUGGAUUGAGCUAUGGCAGUUGGGUUAGCUAUAACAUGCGAAGGUGGGAAUACAACGGCAGGGAUGACUUUGCUUGUUGUUCUGUCAAGUAUGAUGCUGCGUACGGAAGGAAUUAUCUUUAGUAAUGAUCUUGGAAUUUCAGUGCUCAGCUGGAGGUUACUCUUAGCUAUGGCGGCUGCAAGGGGAAUAACAGGUGAAGGAGGGCAAUACAAUGGCAGGAUUACGGGGCUACUUGUUCUUUCAUGUGUAGUAGCUGCCUCCGGAGGACUUAUCUUUGGCUAUGAUCUUGGAGUUUCAGGGGGAGUAACCUCUAUGGACCCUUUUCUCAAGAAGUUCUUCCCAGAUGUGUAUCGAAGGAUGAAAGAAAAUACCAAGAUUAGCAAUUACUGCAAAUUUGAUAGCCAACUGUUGACCUUGUUUACAUCUUCACUCUACAUAGCUGGCCUUAUUUCUUCUUUCUUUGCAUCAUUUGUGACCAGAGCCUUUGGAAGAAAGGCAUCGAUGCUUGUAGCAGGGGUUGCUGUCCUUGUUGGUUCAGCCCUUGGUGGUGCUGCUUCCAAUGUGUACAUGCUUGUAUUUGGUCGUAUUUUUCUUGGCAUUGGACUUGGAUUUGGAAACCAGUCAGUCCCACUAUAUAUCUCUGAAAUGGCACCACCCACAUACAGAGGAGCUAUGAAUAUCGUCUUUGAUGGUGGAGUUGGCAUUGGAGUACUCAUAGCUAACAUCAUCAACUUUUGCACUGAAAAGAUUGAGGGCGGUUGGGGCUGGCGUAUCUCCCUAUCCCUGGCAGCAGUCCCAGCAUCAAUCCUGACACUAGGUGCAAUUAUUCUCCCAGACUCACCAAACAGUUUGAUUCACUAUACCAAUAACCAUGAAAAGGCCAAACGUGUGCUUCAGCGGAUAAGAGGCACCAGUGAUGUCCAAGCUGAAUUUAAUGAUCUAGUCACAGCAACCUCAAUCUCAAAAACAAUCAAAUCCCCAUUUAAGAAAAUUAUGCAAAGAAAGCAUAGGCCUCAACUGGUUAUGGCAGCAGCUAUACCAUUUUUUGCACAAAUGACAGGGAUUAAUGUCAUCACAUUCUAUGCUCCUAUACUAUUCAGGACAAUUGGCCUACAUGAAAGUUCUUCACUCUUGUCUGCAGUUGUGAUUCGUUGUUUCAAUGUUGCAUGUACAUUUGUAUCUAUGUUUGUAGUGGAUAAGCAUGGCCGAAGAGUACUGUUUAUGAUUGGGGGAAUUCAAAUGCUUGCAACACAAAUAACAAUAGGAGGUUUUAUGACAGCUUUGUUAGGGGAUCAUGGAGCAUUGAGCAAGGCAAGUGCUUACUUGGUUUUAGUUUUGAUAUGUAUAUACAUUUCUGGGUUUGGAUUAUCUUGGGGUCCUUUGGGAUGGUUAGUCCCUAGUGAGAUUUAUCCAUUAGAGAUCCGGUCCACAGGGCAAAGUAUUACAGUAUCAGUCAGCUUUUUCUUCUGUUUCCUUGUUGGACAAACUUUUCUAUCUAUGCUUUGCCACAUGAAGGCAGGGAUUUUCUUCUUUUUUGGUGGAUGGGUGGCGGUGAUGACUACAUUUGUUUACUUCUUCUUGCCAGAGACAAAGAAUGUACCAAUUGAGAAAAUGGAAAAAUUGUGGAAGGAGCAUUGGUUUUGGAAAAGAUUUCUGGGAGAUCAAGAGGAUGACAAGGUUUACAAGUAGACACAUGAUAAGGUAUAAUUUGAAACAAGUUUUAAUCUUGUUUUGCAAGAAGGGAUAUAGAACUAGUUUCUGUUUGAUUAGUCAAGAUAGCCAUUAAUAUGCACACAGCUUUGAUACAUAAGGUAUUGGUUGUAAGUUGUAACCUUAGAUUUGAAGCCAUUUGGCUUUCUUGUAAGAGAGUGCUUACUGAAUAAAACUUGAAAGACAUGAAUACAAAUAACAUGAACUUCCUACUUUAGAAUUUAAUCAAACUUUCCACCUCUUAUAUAUAUAUGACUUAUUUAUGGUCGAUGAGUGGCCAAACGGAACUAGGAAAAGCUUUUGUAAAAAGUAAGAAGUUGAAUGAAUUUCAUUAUUGCUGUUUUCUUUUUAAAAAGGUGCGAUGAAAUUGGAAUAGUGGACCAUAGACUCUUGGUGGGAAAUGACUAGGAUGAUGUUGUCAUUCAAUGUCAUCACUAACUUGGAAUUCAACGAAUUUAUGUUAACAAAAUUAAUUAAUUCUGGACUUUUUUUUUAUGAUUUCACUACUUGUAAUAUUUCCUGAUUCAUUCAAGAUUCCAAGUUCUGAGGUUUCUUGCCUUUCCCUCGAAAUUUUGUUGGCAUAUUUGAUUAUUUUUUCUCUCGUAACCCAAUUAAUGUGUUAGGCAGCAUUGCUAGCUAUUAGCUAAUGCUCAGCGUAAGAAGCAGAUCAUUAAAGUAGAAACAAACUCAUUGGCCUAAAAAAAGUAGAAACAGGCUCUUAUAUCAUAAAUUCAGUUCACUGCUUUUCGAUGUUUUCUGCAAAGUUCCUUUCUCAAGCAUCAAAGCUCCCACUUAAUGCAAAGCAAAGCGCCAUCAUAUCAUAAUUGCUAGGCCUAAAUGGAUAUUGAAGUUUCGCAUCAGUCAUGACUGAUCAUGAGUCAACAAUAAAUACUCUUCCAAUGUUUCUAGAUCAUCUAUUAGUAUUAUCUAUAACUUUAAACUAGUUUUGC